CUUCUCUGCCUCUUACACAAACAGCAGUCGCGGACGGGGAGAGUAAAUAGAGAAAGCCCCAAGAUGGCGGAGUCAGUGAGCUUCAUUCACUUCGCAGCAGCGGAUAAAAGCCCGCUCCCAAAACCCAAGGAACCCAAAGGAACGUCGGAGAGCCGACCGCAGUCUUCCCGGGACCACCAUCCUCCACCACCCAAGAAAGUCCGAAACGAGGAGAAGAGCCUUAAACCCAAGAAACUGAAUGGAGAAGGCGGAGGAGGCGGCGCAGUGGAGAAGCAGCACCAGAAGCAGAGUUAUGGCAGCCCGACAACAUGGGGCUUCGGUCCCAUUAAGGCGAACAACCCCGCAGCGCCAGUUCAGGCACCUCUCCACAAGGUCUUCAAGCAAAGCGAUUUCCUUGCCUCCCCCUCGAAGUAUAAAAAACCCAAGGAGAAACGAGAAAAGGAAAAGAAGAAACACAAACCACCUCCUACAAGUAACGUUAACAGCCUUAUCAGUUCUGGGCUGAAGAAGGAAAAUGGGGAUGUGAAGUUGGUGCAGAAAGACCACAACAGCAAGGACAAGGAGAAGAAAAAGGAGAAGGAGAAGGACAAAGAGAAAGAGAAGGACAAAGAAAAGGAGAAGGAAAGGGAGAAGAAGAAACACAAAGUGAUGAAUGAAAUUAAGAGGGAAAAUGGAGAGGUGAAAUUGCUCCAGAAAGUUGAGAAGGAGAAGCCAAAAAUGACCCUGGAAGAGCUGCAGAUCCGAAAGGUGAAGAAGAAAAAGAAAAAGAAACACAAAGAGGGGGAGAAACGCAAGCGGCCCAAGAUGUACAGCAAGUCCAGCCAGACGGACCUGCUGGGCCCGGCGCUGAAACCUCCCCCGCUCUUCCACCAGGGCGGCGCCCCCGCCCCCUCCCCCUCCAAGGAGCCCAAGAGGUGCAGCCCCCACCACGGCAAGUCCCCCGAGGGCGGCGGUGCUGGCGGCGGCGGGGGCGGGGGGCUUCCCUUCGCCCACCCCAGGCCGGCGCGCGUCCAGCCCCCUCCGCCCGGGCUGGACAGCCUGGAGUUUGGCCGGUUCAUCCACGUGGAGCAGCAGCCCAACGGAGGGGCGCUGGUGGCGCACGCCUACUGCAAGGAGCUCUCGCAGCUGUCCCCCGCCGAGAUGCAGAGGUUCGCCCAGGAGUUCGUCACGCUGGCCUUCAGCGAGGACGAGGUCAACGCCGCCCACUACGUGAUGGGCAUCGUCCACGGCGCGGCCGGCUACCUCCCGGACUUCCUGGACUACUUCUCCUUCAAAUUUCCCAACUCCCCCGUCAAGAUGGAGAUCUUGGGGAAGAAGGACAUCGAGACGACUACUAUGUCAAACUUCCAUGCUCAGGUAAAGAGAACCUACUCCCAUGGGACGUACAGAGCGGGAGCCAUGCGGCAGAUCAGCCUGGUGGGAGCCGUGGAUGAAGAGGUCGGCGAUUACUUCCCAGAGUUCCUCAGCAUGCUGGAGGACUCGCCCUUUCUGGAGCGCACCCUUCCCUGGGGCACCUUCUCCAGCCUGAAGCUGAAGAGCCCCAUGGAGAGCGACGAUGGCCCCAUCCUGUGGGUGCGCCCGGGAGAGCAGAUGAUCCCCGUCACGGACAUGCCAAAGUCUCCCUUCAAAAGGAAAAGGUCUACCAAUGAAAUUAAAAACCUGCAGUACCUACCUCGGGCCAGCGAACCCCGUGAGAUGCUAUUUGAGGACCGGACGCGGGCCCACGCCGACCACAUCGGCCAGGGCUUCGAGCGGCAGACCACUGCGGCCGUGGGGGUGCUAAAGGCAGUGCACUGCGGAGAAUGUGGAGAUCCCCCUCGGAUAACCAAAGAUGUGAUCUGCUUUCACGCCGGAGACUUCUCGGAGGUGGUGCAGAGGCUACAGCUGGACCUGUAUGAGCCGCCCCUGUCCCAGUGCGUGCAGUGGGUGGACGACGCCAAGCUGAACCAGCUGCGGCGGGAAGGAAUCCGCUACGCCCGCAUCCAGCUGUACGACAACGACAUCUACUACAUCCCGCGCAACGUGGUGCACCAGUUCAAGACCGUGUCGUCCGUCUGCAGCCUGGCCUGGCACAUCCGCUUGAGACAGUACCACCAGGAGGAGGCGGAGGAGGACCCCGGGACCGCCCCGUCGCCAUCGACGACGGCGGCGGCGUCCGUCAAGCAGGAACCCGAAGACCACCCGGAUCCAACCGCCCCCGCUCCCGUUCCCGUGCCGACCCCCGCGGAACCCCACGCCCCCCGAGACACUCCCAUCCCCCUCCCCCUCCCGGAAAUCAAAGGGGAACCCGGAGCCGCGCCCCCGGAGCAGGGCUCCGCGCCCCCCCCGGCCCCCGCCCUCCCGCAGGAGAGCAGGCCCAAACCGCACCACCACCACCACCCGGAAUGUCCAACCACUCCAGCCAAGCCUGGCGCCGGGCCGGCCGACACCCGGACACAGGCCCCGCUGCCCCAGGGCGAGAGAGCGAAGGACACGCUGUACCCAAAGGCCCCGGUCGCCCCCCAGGACACUCGGCCGCCCCACCCAAUAAAGCCCCCCCUGCAUGAGCAGCACAAAGACUUUUUAUACUGAUUUGUACAUACUGUUUUUAAAUGGCUUUUUGUUCUUUUUUUGUUUUUGUUUUUACGAUAUAUAUAUAUAUAUAUAUAUAUAUAUAUAUAUAUAUAUAUAUAUAUAUAUAUAUAUAUAAAAGAAAAAAAGUGUGAUGUACUAUAUGGAUAAUGUAAGCUCUGUGGGGCAAGCUUGCGGCUUGCGCUCUACUCUGUUACCGAAUGAAUACAUAGCAAAUGUAGCUUGUAACAUUCCUCAGUGCCUGUCCGUAACUGUGAAUUAUCAAAGCACUUAGGGCCAGCUGCACUGUUACCCUGCAGGUUUGAAAUAAACAGGUCCUUAAAUAAUAUAUUUUUAAGUUGUAGGUUAUAGAUGUAUUAGAGCUGACAUGAACAUAUAUAUUUUUUGUAAGAUGAGACAGAAUUCUUUUAAUGACUCCGGGCUUUUUCCAUAGAGCUUAUUUAUAUCAAUUUUUUUUUUGUUCCAUUUUAAAUGUCAGCACUGUAGUGUAAAUAACUUUUUUUUUUAAACUUGUAGUGUGAUUUAUACUUAAAUAAGAACCUCUUAAUAAAGGUUCACGAUAUUGGAACGUCGUUGUUUAAACAAGGGCUACACUGAACAAUCAAGUACUUACAGUAAGACCGCGAGGCUCACGGAAAGGUAGGUCCCCUGGCCUGAGGAAGCUCUUCCAUGAUCAUGACAGAAAGCAAAUGGUUACUCUGUGUAGAACUACGACAACUAUGUUUGAAGAUAAAUGAUGAAUUAAAGGCAUAGGAUCAACACAGAA